CACCGCUGAGCCGCUCGCCCGUUCCCUCCUCCUUUCGCUCCGCCUGGGAAAGUGGGUUAGGAAGAGAGCCGAGCGCAGACUGCUGCGCCGCUCGCUCUAGCAAAAGCAUCCACACGCUGGAGGAGCAGGAGGAGGGGGAGGCAGGCAGGCGAAGUCGCAGCUCGUCGCCUUAGGGGGCUCAUUUGCCCUUUCGGAGCUCUUUUGGACGCCUUGAUUUGUUUGCUUUCGUCUCUCUCCCUCGCCCCCCUCCCGUCGGGGUCUGGCUUCUCUGUUCCUACCCUCCUCUAUUUUUUGUUUUGUUUUGUGUGUGUGUGUGAGAGAGACCACCUCCUCGCCUCUUUCUUCGUUUCCAUCCCUGUCCGGCUUGUCUGGGGGAGGGGGGCAACUUAAACAAGCCAAAAGAGCGCGCGCGACAAACAACAAGACAUUAUAUCUUUUCAUCCCAAGGCAUCGAAAGGGAGGGGGUUGAGGGACGAGAAGCGUAAAAAGAAGCCAGGAGGCAACGAGCGAGGACCAGGUCGGGAAGGAGACCCCCAAGAAGCCGAGAGAACUGAUCAACUGGGCAGACAGAGUUGUGCGUUUUUUGAUCGCUGGCCAGAUAUUACUGUACCUCUCUCGCCUGCUGCCCAGUCCCUGUUCUCUUUUCUGGGUUUAAGUCCACCAUCCUCCAAGCACCGAGAGUGAUUGAGAGAGAGGAAGUCCAUCCUUUGCAACUCCAGCCAUGGUGGGAAGGGCUCAGCCCGAUCGGAGACAAUUCCCGUUGGUCCUACUGAGACUGCUUUGCCUUCUCCCUACAGGGCUGCCGGUCCGCAGCGUGGAUUAUAACCGAGGCACUGACAACAUCACGGUGAGGCAGGGAGACACAGCUAUCCUCAGGUGUUUUAUAGAAGACAAAAGCUCCAAGGUGGCCUGGUUAAAUCGUUCUGGUAUCAUUUUUGCGGGUCAGGACAAGUGGUCUCUGGACCCCCGAGUAGAACUCCAGCAGCUUUCUCUUCUGGAAUACAGCCUUCGGAUCCAGAAAGUGGAUAUCUAUGAUGAAGGGUCAUAUACAUGUUCAGUCCAAACACUGCACCAUCCCAAGACUUCUCAAGUUUAUUUGAUUGUUCAAGUUCCACCAAAGAUUUCCAACAUAUCUUCAGAUGUCACUGUGAAUGAAGGAAGCAAUGUGACCUUAGUGUGUAUGGCAAAUGGACGUCCUGAACCUGUCAUCACCUGGAGGCAUCUCACUCCAACAGGCAGAGAAUUUGAAGGAGAAGAAGAGUUCUUGGAGAUCCUGGGAAUCACACGAGAGCAGUCAGGCAAAUACGAGUGCAAAGCUGCAAAUGAAGUUUCCACAGCUGAUGUGAAGCAAGUCCGAGUCACGGUGAAUUACCCGCCAACUAUCACGGAAUCCAAGAGCAAUGUAUCUGCUACAGGGCGGCCAGUUUCACUUAAGUGUGCAGCCUCUGCUGUGCCCACACCUGAUUUUGAAUGGUACAGAGAUGACACUAGGAUAAAUAGUGCCAAUGGUCUGGAGAUCAAGAGCAUAGGGAGCCAGUCCUUCCUGACAGUGACCAAUGUCACUGAAGAACAUUAUGGCAACUAUACCUGUGUCGCUACCAACAAACUGGGAAUCUCAAAUGCUAGCCUAUUUCUUUACAAGAAAAUAUUACCCACAUUCCCCAAUCUUUUUCCAGGACCUGGUACAGGAAUUGCAGGCAAUGGAUCAAUGUGUCUGGCCGUACCACUGUGGCUGUUGGCAGCAUCCGUGUUCUGCCUACUUAGUAAAUGUUAAUAACAGCUGAAAUAAAAACCCAGAAACAUCAAGAAAAACACACAAAGCAAAAGAAAAAUCUCAUACAGGAGACAGAGCAAGAGAGAGUGGGGGGAUGGAAAGGACAACUUCUUUCACAACUUUUGUGUGUGCUGCAACAAAGGGAAGAAAUUUCAGUGAAAGAAGAAUCAGCCACAUUUAUUCUAACAACUGUCAAGCCACUGACCAUCCGAGAGUAUGGGAGACAGAUUAUCACACAAUGAAGGCUGAAUUCUGCUAAGGAUGCUGAGAUGCUGUAAAAAGAAACAAUGAAAUUUCACUUUAUUAUCUCCAUUCUCUCAUAUCAUUUUCUCCUCUCUCUUUCCUUAUUUGCCUCCUUCCCUCCCUCCCUCCUUCAAGGAAAGAAAUGGCCUUUGCUUUGAUGUGGAUAGCCAUAAUCUUUUAAUUGGCCUGGUAAUUUCUUAAUCUGAUAUUUAGCUUUUUCAGAUACCUAUAAAGAAUGAUACAGAGUUCUCUAGCAUACUGGUGUCUCAUGAAGAAAUGCCGCACAGCCCUUACCUCACUGUCUCUCCCUUAGGCUGUCCAAUAUAUUUUGGGUAUCUUAGCCUUGAUGCUUUGAGGAUGAUAAAAUUUAGAAAUUUUACUCAUCUGCCCUCUUGUUCUUGCCAGUCUCCCUGUCUCCUUUUCUCCCUCCCUCCGUCCCUCCCUCGCUCUCUCUUUCUCUCUCUCUCUCUCUCUGUGUCAUGAAUGUAUGACUGCAUGUUUCUGUGUGUGUAUGUAUGCAUCUCUCUCUCUUUCUCUCUCUCUCUCUCUCUCCCUCUCUCUCUCUCUCUCUCUCUCUUAAAAGCAUGCAAAGAAAACAGUCCCUGUGUACAUAAACUCAUCCUGUAGAUAAUGGCUUGCAUUGCACAUGAGGAUGACUGUUUCGCUUGGAUGUGAAUUCUGGGUGAUGAGAUACACAAUGGUUUUUGCAAAAGAAUUUAUUUUGACAUCUUCCUGCAAUCCCAGUUUUAGAAUCUAAAAUUUAGAGCACAUCCUUGGGUUUCUCCUGUUAAACCUGAAUAGCAAUCAAGUAUAAUCUGUAUGUUACCCUCAUUACUCUUCAAUUUUCCUUUGUCUACCUAGCCAUAGAUAGGGCCAAAGAUUCUGAGCCUCAAGGAAUCGGCAGAUUUAAUUAUCCUUGAGCAUGUUCAGUCUUGACUGAAUAAGGAUCACACAGGAACAAUUGUAGCUAUAAGAAUCUGUUGUCCAAAUCCCCAUUCCAUUCACUGGAGAGGGAAGGAGUUGCAAGAUCAGCAAAAGUGGUUCACUCUAAGCUAUGCAGGGUAUUCUAGAUGGGGACUUAAACAAUUAAUCAAAAAAAAUAUUUAAUGGAGUCCAGAACUCCCAGGAAGCUAGAGAAAUAUGGAUAGGAUAGACAGCACAUUUGAACAUAUAUGUUGCAUAACAGUAGAACGGCACAUAUAAGGCCUGAGGUUCUGUCAUGGGACAAUGAGAAGAGAUGAUAAGUUGCAGUCAUUGGUUGGAGAAGAGCAAUGAAGUAUAUCUAUCACUUAUUGGGUAUAUCUAAUUGUACUUCUAGAACAUAUGUCCCACCCCUUAAAUUAUACUUUAUUAUGGCUGUUUAUUAUAAAUGCUUGAAACUGAUCCUGCAAUCAUUUACUACUUGCAUUAGAGGCCAUCUUUUCUGGACAGGGACAUAUCAGGCAGUUCCUCUUGCUGAGGGAUGGUUUUUGAGAAUACCAGUCACAGAAUGCACAAAAGGGGAAGAAAAAGGCAAAUUUCUGAAUAGAAGAAUAAGUAUUUUUUAUUGCCAUAAAGAUGUUUAUCUUGCAACUGAUCUAAUGGAUUAACCUGUGGCUACAAUUAUCCUAAUUAGGGAAGUGUGAAUCUCUAAAAUUCUUGCUUUCUUAAAAUCCAUCUUUGUAAAUUAAUAUUCUGGGCCAGCAAUCUUUUUUCUACUGAUUAAAAAAAUCAUAGGAAAUUUUGUAUGCAUAUUUGCAACAUGUCAUAAUAUAUAGAGGCCUUAUAUGGAUUUGCCCAAAUUUAUGUAAUGAUUCAGAAACCUUUUUUAAAAAUGUGAAUCACUGUGUUUCUUUCCUUGAGAGCUAAAUUCCCUAAUGCAGAAUUUUAAAAGACAAAGUUUCUGAAGUAAUCUCUUCAAACACCCUACUGCUGCGUAUGUGUAACUUUAAGUAUAUGUCCUUUUUUUUUUUAGAAUUUUUGUAAGAAGGCAAAAGCUAGCAGAGUCUAGUUUUAAUCCUACUACAAAGUGUGAUGGGAAUGGAACAUUCAAAUUCACUUUUCAAAUUGGUGUUGUGAUGUUUUUCCCUUCCUUACACUAGUCCCUGUGCCUGGUCAAUUUCCAUAAGGAAGUUAUUUUCUUCCUUUAAUAAGGUGGUGGGAAAACCUGUCCCAACCUCAGGAUGGUGAAUUAUACCCUGAACCAACAUACAUAAUCAUCAUACAGCAAUGAACAAUGCUUAUAACUAUGCUAAAGUAAAUGUAAUUUUGCAACAACAAUAAAAAAUUAACGUGCCAAUAUUUUGAUUUUACAUCCUUUAAGAAGCCAGAAAGAUUUUAAAAGCCAUUUCCUAAAUCAUGAUAAGGUUAGUUAAAA